AUACUGAGAGAGAGCGAGAGAGAGAGAGAGAGAUGGGUGUGGUUGUAAUGCUUAUGAUCUCUCUCAUUGUAACCGUGCCAUGGGUUCAAACCCUUCAAGUCGAGCAACCCAAUAACCAAGUUAGUUGGGCCAAGACACUCAAAUCCAAAAAACAAAUCGUAACCAACCUCCAAUUCUAUUUCCACGACACAGUCAGUGGGAAGACCCCAAGCGCAGUGCGCGUGGCUCAAUCUAUCUACACCGAAAACUCGCCGACCCGUUUCGGAGCCGUGAUGAUGGCCGAUGACCCGUUGACCGAGUCGCCCGACCCGUCAUCGAAGCUGGUGGGCCGAGCCCAGGGAUUGUAUGGGUCGGCUGGGCAGACAGAGUCGGACUUCGGGUUAAUAAUGGCUUUGAAUUAUGGGUUCGUAGAUGGGAUUUACAAUGGAAGCUCUAUUAGCAUUGUCGGCUUGAACUGUGUUCUUCAUUCGGUCCGAGAAAUGGCGGUUGUCGGAGGUACUGGGCUGUUUCGACUGGCUCGCGGGUACGCCGUCGCGAAUACCCACUGGUUCGACCCGAUCACUGGGGAUGCCAUUGUAGGGUACAAUGUUACCAUUGUUACUUAAUAAUGUAGUUUUGGAGGAAGAAUCACAAAAUUUAUUACAAUCUUUGAAUAUUUAUUGUGUGAGAUUUGGAUUUAAUGUAUUUAGAAUUAUGCCAACAAAAAUGUUACGGACUUUCAAAAGUGAGCGUGUGGUAUAAAUUUAAAAUUAAU